AUGGCGACACUUACUCACUCCUGGUUGCCUCGCUCGUCGACCGGCACUGGCAGCAGUCGAAGUAGCUCAAACUCAUUGUCGUCAAUCAUUUCCACCUUGAUCCCAACCGCACUCAUUGCCCUCAUCGCCUUUACCGUCUUCCUCAUCAUCCGAAAGAAGUACACCCGUGUAUACCGAACUCGAGGAGACGAGAGGCUCUUCGAACAAGGACGACGAACUCCUAAGUCCGAUGGAAACUUUUUCAGUCUCAUCUACAACUUCAAAGGCCUCCCUGACAGCCAUGUCCUCCGACACAACUCUCUCGAUGGUUAUCUGUGGCUUCGAUUCUUCAAAGUCAUGAUCAUCAUGAGCGCCGUUGGCUGCAUCAUCUGCAUGCCGGUUCUAUUCCCAGUCAAUGCUACUGGAGGCGGCGGACAAACACAACUUGACAUCUUGAGCAUGUCCAAUGUGAGCAACCCCAACAGAUACUUCGCCCAUGCAGGUGUCGCCUGUAUCUACUUCGGCUUCAUUGUUCUCCUGGUUGCCCGUGAAAGAAUCAACUUCAUUGGUCUGCGCAGAGCCUUUUUUCUCUCUGCAGCUCAUGCCCAGCGACUUUCUUCUCGCACAGUCAUGGUCCUCGGGCUCCCACUCGACCAUAUGGAUGAGAAGGUGCUUCGACAGACAUUUGGUUCCAAUGUGCGCAAGAUCUGGUUGGCUACGGAUUGCAAAGACCUUGAGAAGGCUGUCAAGAAACAGAACAAGACUUCAAUCAAGCUCGAGGGCGCUGAAUUGAAGGUCAUCAAAAACGCCAACAAACUCCGCACCAAGGCUUUGAAGAAGGACAAUGAGGCCACCGAGCAACCUGCCACCCACUGGAUUGACAGCAAGAAGCGACCACACCACCGUCUGAUGCCCCAAAUCUGGAAGAAGGUGGACACCAUCAAUUGGUCUCGUGGCACUCUUGCCGAGCUUGACCGCUUUGUCGAACAACAACAGACCGAGCACCUCGACUUGAAGCACCUCAAAGUUCCCGCCGCCUUCAUUGAGUUCUCCAACCAGUCCGCUGCUCACCACGCUUAUCAGUCUAUCGGCCAGGGCAAGAUGAACAAGUUUCAUCCACGAUACAUUGGAGUGCAGCCUGACGAAGUCAUCUGGACCAACCUGGGUGUCAGCAAUGCGUCCCGCAAGAUGAAGAUAACGCUUGCCACAAUCUUUAUCUGGCUCUUGAUCAUCUUCUGGGCCAUUCCCGUGGCGUUUGUUGGUGCCCUAUCCAACAUCAAUUAUCUCACCAACAAACUCCCGUUUCUCAGCUUCAUCAACGAUAUUCCCAAGGUCAUUCUGGGUGUUGUCACCGGUCUUUUGCCCACCAUCCUUUUGGCGGUUCUGAUGGCGUUGGUUCCCAUCAUCUGCGGACUUCUUGCCAAGAAGGCUGGCGAGCCCACUAUGUCAGCCGUGGAGUUGAGGGUGCAAUCCUGGUAUUUUGCUUUCCAGGUUGUACAAGUAUUCCUCAUCACGACUUUCACUUCUGCUGCGACUUCGGUCACAACUCAGAUUAUCUCCAAACCAGCUUCAGCGCCGACUUUGCUUGCCACCAACUUGCCAAAGGCAUCCAACUUCUACAUCAGCUAUUUCAUUCUCCUUGGUCUUUCCCAGGCUGCACUUCAACUGCUCAACAUUGUGCCAUUGUUGAUGUACACAAUCAUCGGAGGCAUCUUGGAUAAAACACCUCGCAAGAAGUACAACCGAUUUGUCAACAUUCCAGGCCUGGGUUGGGGUUCGACAUAUCCCAAAUUUGUUCUUCUCGGAGUCAUCGCCAUCACUUAUUCAUGCAUUGCACCAUUGAUCCUCGCCUUCGCCACCGUGGGAUUCUGCUUGCUCUAUCUGAUGUACCGAUACAACUUCCUCUUCGUUCUCGGUAACAAGGUCGACAUGAAGGGAGAGGCCUACUCAAGAGCUUUGAAGCAACUCCUGACUGGUGUCUACUUGGCUACCCUGUGUCUUAUUGGCUUGUUCGCCAUUGGCGUCAGCAAGAAUAAGAUCAGCAUUGGGCCCUUGGUGAUCAUGCUUGUGUUCCUGAUCAUCAUGAUCAUUUUCCAAAUCAUGCUCGACCGUGCUCUGGCACCACUCGAAAGACACAUUCCCCUAGAUCUGAUGUCCGGCAACAAAUACAGCACCACCUUGUCAGAGCAGAUUAUGGAUGAGCAUGAGAUGAAGCAAUCACAUCUGGAAGCCGGCACAGGAAGCCGCGAUAAUUCAGCGCCCGAAUUCGCAAAGGCCGAGGGUGAUGCGCCUCAAGGCAAGACCAAGCCUUUCAACUUCUUGAGCCGACGCCUCGAACCUAUGGUACAGAGAUACUAUGAGUCCAACAAGAGCAUUGUGCCGACUUCGGACAACGAGGACAACAUUCCCGCAUACACAUCUGAGGAAUACGAAAACUCAUACCUCAACCCAGCCAUCACAUCUCCCGUGCCCACCGUCUGGCUUGCAAGAGAUCCAGCUGGUGUCAGCAAGGUUUUGGUCCAGGAAAACAAAGAGGCCAAGAUUCCAAGUACUGAUGAGUAUGCUGAAUUCAACGAGAAGAACAAGUUGAUCUGGGAUGAGGACAAGCUCACAGAUACGCCUCUGUGGCAGAGACGUGUAAGAUAUUGA